GAUCCUCUUGCCACUUCUUCUUCCUCUUCAACUGCCAUGAGAUAAAUAAAGGGGAAUCCUCAGUGCAACGAAGACACUGAAGUAUUAAUUAUUGAUUAUUUUCCCAGUCAACGUGGGGAAGAAUGCCUGUGGUGCAUCUAGACCGUCAUCUGGACCUUUCAUAGAUUUCCCCCCAUUAUUAUUUUUCUUUCUUUUCUAUAUUCUUCUUUUCCCUUUUGGGGGGAGUUUUGUUUUGGUUCUUCCCUAUUUUCUCUCUUUCUUUUUUUUUUUUAUUAUUUAUUUAUUUGUUAUUUUUUCUCUUCUCUCUUUGGACGUAUCUAUUGCUUUGCGGGGAGCGUGUCUUGUCGCGUCUCGAAGAACGUAAAGGGGAGAGAGGGUUUCAACGUCUUGUUUAUUUUUACCUCUUCUGUUAUUUUCAAGAAAGAGUAGAUAUAUCUACAGCUAUAUAUGACUAGGAUCAUGGUUCCUGUGGGAGAAGAUGCGGUUUACUGCACACUCUUAUUAAGUGACCAUUAUCUCCCAGGCGCCGUGGUGCUUGCCCACUCUCUCCGUGACAGUGGGACCAGCGCGAAGCUCGUUGCUCUUUUUACACCGGAAAGCUUACGGCCUGCGACUAUCGACGAGCUAAAGACCGUAUACGAUGAAGUCAUUUCCGUUCAUCCGCUUUUCAAUGGCUCUCCUGCAAAUCUCUGGCUGAUGAACCGGCCCGACUUAAUAUCCACCUUUACCAAGCUUGAAUUAUGGCGUCAGACACAGUUCAAGCGGAUAGUCUACUUGGACAGCGAUGUCGUGGCCCUCCGAGCCCCAGACGAGCUUCUCUCGCUGAACGUGGAUUUCGCCGCUGCGCCAGAUGUGGGUUGGCCGGAUUGCUUCAACAGCGGUGUUAUGGUCCUCAAACCGAACAUGCAGGAUUACCAUGCCCUUCGCGCGUUGGCUGAUAACGGCAUCAGCUUCGAUGGUGCCGACCAAGGGUUGCUGAAUUUGCAUUUCAAGAACUGGCAUCGGUUAAGCUUCACGUAUAACUGUACCCCGAGUGCAAACUACCAGUAUAUCCCGGCCUAUAAACAUUUUCAGCAUUCUAUCAGCCUGGUCCAUUUUAUCGGUUCUCAGAAGCCCUGGCACUUGUCCAGGGAUUUGUACCUGGCUGAGUCGCCGUAUAGUCGGUUGCUGGGAAAGUGGUGGACUGUUUAUGAUAGACAUUAUCGUCCGACAGUCAGCAGUGUCACCGCGCCAUCUCAUCGUUCCCAAAACGACCCUUCAGGGGCCAUUUUAACGGCACCACAGAAUCAAGGUUCCCCUUUCACUGCAGGAGUACAUGUCUCGGAGAGUUCUCAUCAGCCUCAGACGGUACUACAGCCGGCAUACCACUCAGCAUUACAAUCUGUACCGUCGGCACAGCAAUCAGGGCCACAGCCAACUACAUUUGCGCACACUGUGCUACAGAUUGAACAGCUGCCCGUAUCACGACAUGCAGCACCGGAAUCUAUGCCGCAUCCAGGUCCCCAGCCAGUGACGUUAUCAGGACAGCAAACAGGACAACUGAUGCCGCAGCUAGUGCACCAGCCGUUAUACCAUGCAGAUGAAGGUAGAGCUCCGUCUGCACAGACAUACAAAGCACCCGAGCAACCUCAACCAGCAAUCUUAAGCACAGUCCCGCAGUAUGUACGUGGAGAGGAACAAGCCUCCGUAUACCUACAACACCAUCCUUACCAACCCCCGGCUCCCCCACAUACGGACCAAACGUCCUGGGAGCCGGCAGUCUUUGCACCGCCAAUUGCUCCGGGUCCUUCGCACGAUGAGAGCUAUAUGCAACAUGUUCAACCUGCAGCCGUCUCUGACAUAUACGAACACAGCCCAAGGCCAUCAUCACCAAAGCCCGAGGACCAACCCCCAGAACCCCCGAAAGCGGAAUGGGAUGCGUCUAGGGAGCCCCCACCUGUGAACUCAAAACCGGAAGCUAUUAACUUACAGAACAAAACCUACGCCAUGUCGGAAGAUACAGAGCUCUUCCAGCCUCCUGAAUCCUACCCGGACGCACCAAAGAACAUGUACUACGAAGUUCCCACAACCAAACCGGAGCCGAAGAAGCUCGCCCAACUCUUCCCCUGGGAGAGCCAUGCACCUCGACCAACCCGCGUAUUCCUGGAUGACGAGCCAAGCGUCAAAUCGCACAGCAAACAGCCAUCCAUCUCUUCCACCGGAGAUGAAUCGGGUCUAUCGCAGGAAUCUGUGACAUCAUGGGAGGAAUCAACAACAGACUCGUGGCAGAACUACUCAAAACUAAACGCCUGGGAUGAAGUUCCCGAGAUAAGAAAAUACAUUCAAUCCAUUCAGCGACCGCGAAGGGUCAAAACCCAAACCAUCCAACAGCAAAGCGGCACGAUGCAAAAAACAACCGGCCGUGAAACCGAAGCUGAAGCCGCACCCAAAACCAAAACACGAGAAAGGAGUGACAGUGGCAGUCGAGGCGGCAGCGUCCUACUAACCGACUUCCCAUGCGAAAUAGACCGUCCAAGCCUCCCCGUAACCCCAGUGCCGAUCCGGCGCCCCUCAAUCUGGGACCGGCGAGAUGACACAUCCUCCUCUUCAACAACCUCUACCAGACCCUCUCUCUCCCUCGCUGAGGGAGUGCCGAAUCAGGAGGACUGGAAUCCUCUGGAGCGUCUCGAGGAGCUCCGUCGUCGACAGAUCGAAGUUUUGGAAAAUCCAAAUAUACUUUUUGAGAGGAUUAGGAAGUUGUCAUAG